UUGAAAAACCGCUGGUCACGUGAUCCUGCAACAUGGCUUCCGUACAGUCCCGCUGAGAACCGCUACAAUAGGAACUCCUCUGCAUGACAGUAAAUAUUGAGGAGGAUUAUUCUGUUAGUUAUCCAGAACCCUGGAAAGAAGAUGAAGUUACGCGUGCAACUGCAGUGUAAAAACCUUCACGAAUACCUGAAGGAACUGAGCCCAGACGUUCUGGACCGACUGUACAACCAUCCCGCUACCUGCCUGGCUGUCUACAGGGAGCUCCCCUCAUUGGCUAAGAACUAUGUGAUGCGUAUGCUGUUCCUGGAUCAGCCCCUCCCACAAGCUGCUGUUGCAUUAUGGGUGAAAAAGGACUGUCAGAAGGAUCAUGAUGAGUGUGUGUCGGUGCUGAUGGGUCUGAGGAUGUGGCACAGUCAGCAGCUGCAGGGGGGGCUGCAGGGUCUGCUGCUGAACCCCGUCUUUAAGGAGAACCUGCGGGUGGCGCUGCUGGGCGGCGGUAAGACGUGGGCGGACGAGGGCAGCAGUCUGGGACCGAACCGCCACCCGCGUAACGUGGAGAGCCUGGACCACUACGCCAUGGAGCGCUGGGAGGUCAUCCUGCACUUCAUGGUGGGGUCGCCGAGCGCGGCAGUCAGCCAGGACCUCGCGCAGCUGCUGACGCAAGCCGGGCUCAUGAGGAGUGAAUCGGGCGAGCCCCCUUGUAUCACCUCGGCUGGGUUUCAGUUCCUCCUCCUGGACACGCCCUCCCAGCUCUGGUACUUCACCCUGCAGUACCUGAACACUGCACAGUCCCGAGGGAUGGAUUUGGUGGAGAUUCUGUCCUUCUUGUUCCAGCUGAGCUUCUCCACCCUGGGCAGAGACUACUCUGUGGAGGGUAUGAGUGAGUCUCUGCUCACCUUCCUGCAGCACCUGCGCGAGUUCGGCCUCGUCUUCCAGAGGAAGAGGAAGUCUCGGCGAUAUUACCCCACUCGCUUGGCAAUCACCCUGGCAGCGGGCAUCAACGCAAGCCCCUCCCCCUCCUCCGCCACCCCUGGCACUGGCGACGCGGGCUUCAUUGUCAUGGAAACCAACUAUCGCCUGUAUGCCUACACAAACUCUGAGCUGCAGAUUGCCCUGGUAGCUCUGUUCAGUGAAAUGCUGUAUCGCUUCCCUAAUGUGGUGGUCGCUCAGGUAACCAGAGAGUCUGUGCAGCAGGCCAUCGCUAACGGCAUCACCGCUCAGCAGAUCAUCCACUUCCUCCGAACCAGAGCUCACCCCAUCAUGCUAAAACAGACUCCAGUUCUCCCUCCCACCAUCACAGACCAAAUAAGACUGUGGGAGCUGGAGAGAGACAGGCUGCAGUUUACUGAGGGAGUGCUGUAUAACCAGUUCCUCUCACAAGCUGAUUUUGAGGUGCUACGAGACCGCGCCCAGGGACUGGGCGUGCUGGUGUGGCAGAACGCCCCCCACAGGGUGAUGGUGGUCACGCCACAUGGACACAGCGAGGUCAAGAGGUUCUGGAAACGACAGAAGAGCCACAAUUAGUCUCCAUGGCAACGGGGCGGACUUGGGGAGGGGGUGGGGGGGUAGGAGCGGGCGGGGGGAGAUGAGCUGAGAGAGUCAAAAUCCAAGUUGGGCCCCACCUUCCCGGAAAGAACCGGAACAGUCUGGAAGCAUGAAGCCACAACUCAACAAGCGGGACAGAAAUGGAACGGGGGGGAUUGUGGGUAAGAGUUCCGGUCCCAUGCCCCGGGGAGGCUGACAUGGUUUUGCUCCAGCUUGUUUCCCUCCGACUUAACUCCUCCAAUUUACUAACUUCCUGUACAUGUCGGCACUGCUCAGUUUCCCACAAUGCACCAUGGUGGAACUUUGGUGGAUAGAGAUCUUGCCAUAGUCCUUCUACCCGUUUGCCCUCUCCAGCCGAACCGAGCAAGUCAAGUUAAUUGCGGGUGAAACUGAUGGCGAAGUCACGAGCCGAAGGUUGGUGUCCUGCCACCCUGACGAAGAGGACGGUAAAAGGGCAUGCCACCCUGACGAAGAGGACGGUAAAAGGGCAUGCCACCCUGACAAGAGGACGGUAAAAGGGCAUGCCACCCUGACGAAGAGGACGGUAAAAGGGCAUUCCACCCUGACGAAGAGGACGGUAAAAGGGCAUUUCACCCUGACGGAGAGGACGAUAAAAGGGCAUUCCACCCUGACGAAGAGGACGGUAAAAGGGUAUUCCACUCCGGGCUGCCCGGGUCCUGGGUCUGACACAUGGGCCGCGGGAACGCUUGUACAACUGGUUGCCCGGCACCAGUCUGUUGCUAGGGAACACAGGGCUGUUGUACGUGAGCUAAUAAAUAAAACUGAUCUUUGAGAAUAAAAGGCAA